AUGUUUAAGUAUUUUAUUCUUUUGAUUACGUCAGUUUCUCUGCUUUCGGCGUCUGUCAUUGAAACAAAUGAACCAGUAGAUGAUGAAGGUUUUGGCAUUGAUAUAGAUACUACAAACACUACAAAUUGUGAACAGGAAUCUUCUCAAAUAGGAAAUUGUCUUAUUUCGCAAUCGGUAACGUUCGUUUUUUUUAAACCACAAUCUCAAUAUUCAGGAUAAAUACCUUGUUUUUUCUACAUUCGAAGAACUUGUUUCAAACAAAGAUGCGAUGAAAAUACAUCUUGUUUUAUACCAUCGAAAUGUCAUGGAGUAAAAAGCUUGAAAUAUAUUUAUGACGCUCUCAUGUUAAUUGGACAUCAAGUAUACCAUGCUGGGUUUGAUUGCGUGGAAAAAGAAGGAAAAAACAUUAAAGCCCAUUUUAAAAUGUGUUCUGAAGCCGUAAUGUCAACGCAAAGUGAAUUCUCAAAAAUAGAAUUGUUGAGAGGAUCCGCUGAGUGUGUCGGUUCUAAAUUAGAGUGCACUUCAAUGGAAAAAGGUGCCUUAAUUGCUGCAGCUAAGAGAGCAAUUGACUUACUCGAAUUUCUUCAAAAACUUCAAAGUUUGCUUGGGCAAAAUGAAGUCGAUAGUGGAAAGAUGGGAAACGUUUUGACAAAACUUGCAUUCGAAUUCAUUUAA